CAAGAUUUAGCCGCGGAGCCCCGCCAGCAUUUACUGUACGCAUGUCAGGCCCUGGGACAGCAGGACCCGGCCAGCAGUUGCAGCCUGAGCCCACAGCAGACCGGCCCAGGCAACCUCGACAAUGCUGCUUGGCCUGUCCACCUGUCUCCUCUGGCUGUCCACCAGUGGCCUCUGGACCAUCCAGGCUGAGGAUCCUGAUGGUGAUAUGAGCAUUAGAAUCCCUCACCGGGACCUGGCUCCAAGCAAUGUUGACUUUGCCUUUAGCUUAUAUAAGCACCUAGUGGUCUCAGCUCCUGGCAGGGACGUCUUCAUCUCCCCUGUGAGCAUCUCCACAGCCUUGGCCAUGCUGUCCCUGGGCACCCGUGGCCACACACAGAUCCGGCUUCUUCAGGGCCUGGGCUUCAACCUCACCGAGAUGUCUGAGGCCAGGAUCCACCAGGGCUUCCAACACCUCCACCAUGUCCUUGUGGAGUCAGAGACCACCUCGGACAUCCUCAUGGGCAAUGCCUUGUUCUUUGACCACAGCUUGGAGCUUCUGGAGUCGUUCUCAGCAGACACUGAGCGCUACUAUGAAUUAGAGGCCUUAGCUACAGAUUUCCAGGACCAGGCCAUAGCCAGCAGACAGAUCAACGAGUAUCUCAAGAAUAAGACACAGGGGAAAAUCGCGGACCUGUUCUUGGAGCUGGACAGCCCAGCCACGCUCAUCUUGGUCAACUACAUCUUCUUCAAAGGCGCGUGGGCACAACCCUUCAACCCCGAAAGCACCAGGGAGGAGGACUUCUAUGUGAAUGAGACAACUGUGGUGAAGGUGCCCAUGAUGUCCCAGUCAAGCACCAUGAACUACCUGAAUGACCCCGUGCUCUCCUGCCAGCUAGUACAGCUGGACUACACGAGCAACGGGACCGUCUUCUUCAUCCUUCCAGAGAAGGGGAAGAUAGACAUCGUCAUCGACGCGCUGAGCCGGAGCACCCUUGGGAGGUGGGAGAUGUCCCUGACCAGAAGCCACGUGGACCUGCAUGUCCCGAAGCUCUUCCUCUCCAGCACCUAUGACCUCGGGGACAUCCUGAGGGACAGGGGCAUUGCAGACUUCUCAGGCAUCAGCCAAGAGGGCCGGCUGAAGGUGGUCCAUAAGGCCGCGCUGCACCUCGAUGAGAAGGGCGAGGAGUCAGCUGCCCCCACCGGGAUCCCCCCAAACGUGGGGUCCAAGCCUCUCACCAUCCGCUUCAACCGGCCCUUCAUCAUCCUGGUCUUCGACCAUUUCACGUGGAGCAGCCUAUUCCUCGUCAAGGUUGUGAAUCCGGCCGAGGGCCGCGCCCCCAGGAGCCACCCCGCCGUCUGACUUUGGGCACUGAGGACCCCUCAGAAAUGUUCUGGCAGCGGGAGACUCCCCCCAGUCUUCUCCAGGUCCUCCUCUUGUAAUAAACAACUGUCGCUGUAACUGAUGACAAGUGUGCUGCAGGAGAAGGAUGGGACAAUUGAUAAAAUUUGAAUAAUAUUAAUAUAAUAUAGGGCCAAUGUAAUUUCCUGGUUUUGAUCCUUGUACUUAUGUAAAAUGUGGAAGCUGGGUGAAGGGCAUAUGGAAACUAUUAUUUUGUAAGUUUGAAAUUAUUUCUAGACAAUAACUUUAAAAAGAAGAAAUCAUACAAGCCAAAACAUAAUGGAAAGACGUCUUUAAAGUGCUGGGGGGGGGGGG